AUGGAGAUCAAAACAUUUCCCAGCGAAAUCGUCUUCUUUGAUCUAGAAACAACCGUACCAAACAAAACAGGACAACAUUUUCACAUCCUAGAGUUUGGUGCAAUCAUCGUAUGUCCAAGAAAGCUAGAGGAGCUAGAGAGCUUCACAACGCUUAUACAGCCGAAAGACAUAUCGGUGGUCUCAUUAAGGUCAUCUAGGUCAGAUGGGAUCACAAGGGAUAAGGUCAGGGAGGCACCAAGUUUCGAAGAUGUGGCUGAAAAGAUCUACAGUUUGUUGAACGGUCGGAUUUGGGCUGGUCAUAACAUUAGAAGAUUCGAUUGCGUUAGGAUUAAAGAAGCUUUUGCUGAGAUUGGUAAAGCUGCGCCUGAGCCUUCAGGGAUCAUUGAUUCUUUGGGGUUAUUAAGCGAAAAGUUUGGUAAAAGAGCUGGUAACAUGAAGAUGGCAAGUUUGGCUGCCUAUUUCGGUCUUGGAGUGCAAAAACACAGGAGUCUUGACGAUGUUCGAAUGAAUUUAGAGGUCCUCAAGCAUUGUGCAACAGUGCUUUUCUUGGAAUCUACACUUCCCAAUCAACUGGAAGGACAAUGGCAAAGUUCUUCAAAUAUCAUGACAAGAAGUCGAAGUAAUAAACAAAUUGCUCCAAGGGUUAUGCCUUACGUGAAGGGUGGUGGUCUCGGGAAGAUGACACAUAAUGUAAAGAAACUCUUAAGCAAAGCUCAAGGCAACUUAGCUCUUCAAAACUUGAUCAAACAUUCUCAUUCUUUGCUUAGAUGAAAAGGAACUCAAUUGUAUAUAUUGUAGAAGUACUUUCAACAGUUGUUAAUUAGCUAUACAUGGGUCAACAUUACUAGCAAUUUUAUUUAUCAAUAAAUCAUGUUUCAG